CGUAUCGCUUCCUCAGUUCAGCGCACACUUCCAAAGUACACUGUAUCCUCACGGCUACCUAUUGAUCCGUCUGCUUUCUUAUUCAUCCAUAUCUUUGAUUUGAUCAGCUUCCUCUGUGCAAGUUAAUCACUUGUCAAUUGUGAAUAUGGCGGAGAAGAACCAGAGCAAGAUCCAUGAGCAGGAGGCCACCGAGACAGAGAUCAAGGACCGCGGCGUUUUUGAUGUCACUGGGAAGAAAAAAGAAGAAGAGAAGGCUCAGGAGGAGGCAGUCGCCACCGAGUUCGAGAAGGUGAAGGUUUCUGAUAAACACGAGAGUAAGGCGGAGGAGAAGAAAGAAGAGGAGGGAUCAGAGAAGAAGCACACCCUCUUGGAAGACCUUCACCGAUCCGACAGCAGCUCUGGCUCUUCGAGCGAUGAGGAGGGGGAAGGCGGGGAGGAGAAGAAGAAGAAGAAGGAAAAGAAAGGACUGAAAGGGAAGAUGGGGGAAAAGAUAGGAGGUGAUCACAAGGAAGAAGAAAAGCACGAGGACACAGCGGUUCCGGUUGAGAAAGUGGAGGUGGAUCCAUCCCACCCUGAGGAGAAGAAAGGCUUCCUCGACAAGAUCAAGGAGAAGCUGCCAGGCCAGCACAAGAAGACAGAGGAGGUCACUUCUCCACCACCGUCGGCUUCAGCGGAGCACCCGGUCACUGACGCUGACGUGGCUCCGGAAGGGGAAGCCAAGGAGAAGAAGGGCAUACUUGAGAAGAUCAAAGAGAAGCUUCCUGGUUAUCACUCCAAGACAGAGGAAGAGAAGGAAAAGGAGGAGAGAGUGGCUGGUGAUCAUUGAGUUCAGGACCAUGCUUUGCAGACAUGAGUGAUCGUUGUUGGUGUGCUUUGUUCAUUUUGAUUUCCUUUGUAUGUCCAUACUCCAUACAUGUGUAAAAAUUGUGAGCUGUUUCAAUUUCCUAUGCAUCGCAUGUUUAAAGCGGAAAGAAAAGAUUGAAAAAAAAAAAAAAAAACAAUGUAUUGAACGGGAAUGAAAGUACUUAUUUGUGUGUA